UCCCGCUGAGAGAGGUCAUUGCCGGUGAUGGGCAGCCAGAUCCAUUAGUUUUGACGGCUGUUGGGCCAUCGGCACCGGCAACAGCCGACUCGUCGUGCGCGGUUCUGGUGGGAGAACUCGGCGGCACUGCUGAGCAGAGCAAUUCCGCCCAGAGAAGGAAGCAGUCUCCAACUCAAUCCAUCUAGUCCACCGGGAUGGUGAACCCAGCUGCACCAGGCUAGGCCUGAAGGCAUACAUAACAAUGAGUGUUUUUUCUCUAGAUCCAUGAUUCUGAUUUUUUAUUUGCCAAAGUCUGUGUCUAGUGGGCAUGGGUACUACUGUCAACAAGCUGAUCCUAUGAUUCUCGUAAUAAACCAUGCAUGCAAUUAGCAUAUAUAAUGCUCCCGGUCAGACCAUGCCAAGUUGCCAACCAUCCGCGAAAUUAGAAUACUUAGUGUUCUAUGGGCAUAGCAUGCUAUUCAUAUGUAAAUGAAACCAAAAGAAACACGGUAUCACUAUCGUAUGAAAAAUAACUGCAUCAUCUCGGAAACUGUUUUUUUGAAUUUUUAUAAAAGGUCAGUGACUGAUCUUUGAUUUGUUGAAUUUGCCGCAGAUUCCAGUUCAAAGAGGUCAGUGCAAAUGUUGAGCAGGCAGAUCCAUUCGCUUCGAUGGUUGUUGGGCCAUCCACACCGACACACGUCGAGUCAUCGUGCACGGUUGUGUUUGGACAACUCGGCGGCACUGCUGAGUAGAGUAAAUCUGCCGGCAAGAGGAAGGAGUCUCGAACUCAGUCCGCCGAGUCCACCGGGAAGGUGAACCCAGACGCACCAGGGUGGAACAGAAGGUAUACAUAUAAUUGAGUGUUUUUUUACUCUGUAUAUAUGGUUCUGAUUUUUAUUCCUUAUGUCGAUAGAUGUCUAGUGUGCAUUAGUACUACCGCCAAGUAGCCGAUCCUCUGACUGGCAGUCAUCCAUGCAUGCAAUUUAGCUUCCCAAAUGGUUUCUGCAGCAGAUCAUAUCAUCCUCGCAUGGAAUUAUAUAGUUUUCUUGGCUGAUCAUGUGAACGAUUGUAAUGAAACUCAAAAGAACAUGCCCUCCAGGCUGUUAAAUGAAAUACUAUUGCAUCAUCUAAAUGAAUGUGAAUUUAGUUUCAGGUUAAGAGUUGGCCGCCCCCCUCCAGAUAGGGCACCCUGUCAAAGCAGAGCGACUCCAUUAGAAGAAACAAUCAGGAGGUAUGCUGAUAAACCCUUGGAGAAUGUGGUGAAGCCAGAGAUUGGGAUGAGUUUUGACUCACUUGGGGAGGCAUACGAUUUCUAUAACCUGUAUUCUUGGGAGCUUGGAUUUGGUAUAAGAUAUGGAAAGAGCCGUCUGAAUGUUGAGCAGACAAAGUGUAUGCAGGAGAUCGUUUGCGGAUGCUCGGGGAAACCUGAACAGCAGAAUAGCAGGUCUUGUCAGUGUGAGUGUCCUGCAAUGAUCAGAUUGCUCAGAGCUGCGAACUAUGGAUGGUACAUUGCUGAGUACCACUCCAGCCACAACCAAUUCAUUUUCUCUGACCUGUGGUGAAAAAGUUCAUUGGCUAUGGCAUAAGCACAUAGAUGUGUACACGAAGGAUUUGGUGAACUGUUGUAGUGGGGCACCUUGGCGGCGCUGCUGACCAACGUGACACAUGCGGCAAGAGGAAGGAGUCUCCGACACAGUCCAUGGAAUCCACUGGGAAAGUGAACCCAGAGGCCCCUGGGUGGAUUAGGAGGUGACAUUGACUCUGCAAUUUACAUGCCUGUCAUUUUAGGAGAUGUCUGGAUUUGUGCUCACUAGGGUCGAUUGGCAGCCCUUUAGAACCCCAUGUCUUGGCAAAAAAAUAAUUUAUGUCACUUUAUAGUUAAUUCAUGGUGAGGUUUUAAAUGUUAACCGUGUGACACAGGUAGAUUGGUCUGUUUUGUAGGUAAAAAAAAUCAUUAGACAAAAUCAAGGAGUUGGGUGCCCUGCUAGAAUUGUGAUAUGAAAAUUAUGAUAUGAAAUUGGGUGCCUUGGAUGCCCUGCCAAGUAAUCCCUCUGUAUAUAAGAUGUUGAACUGCAAAAACAUCUUAUAUUUUCGUAUGGAGGUAGUAGCUGUAAAAUGCAAUGCUGAUCCGUUUGUCGCAGAAAGCAUGGUCUGUUCUCUGGUGGGUUGUGUCACUGAUCAGUAAAAUGGGGGGUUUUCCAUGAU